AUGGCUUCAUUACCAUUGAAACUACUGAAUUUAAGUGCGAAUCGUUCGCUACUGGAUUCGCUGAUCGCAAGUCCUGCAGCGAAAUCUAGUCAAGUUCCCGCUGAAAAGCAAGUGAAAAUAUUCGUUAAGCAAUUGUUAUCUGCUUUGAAAUGUAUGCAUGACAGGAAAAUUGCUCAUUUGGAUAUUAGACCUGAGGUGAUUCUGCUUCAAGAUGAUCAUCUUCGCCUGGCUGAUUUUGGACAAAGCAGGCGGUUAAUACGAGGCAAAGUAAUUGCAAAUAUAACGGGAAGUCCUGAAUUUGUUUCGCCUGAAAUUGCUAGCGGUAUUCCAGUGACACUUGCGUCAGAUUUAUGGAGUGUUGGUACUCUUACUUAUGUUCUAUUAUCAGGAAUUUCACCAUUUCUUGGUGAUAACGACACGGAAACAAUCCGCAAUGUUAUGCUAGGCAAUUUCGUGCUUAAUAUUGAAGAAUUUGCUUCAAUAUCCGAUGAAGCCAAAGAUUUUGUCUCGAAACUUCUUGUUAUUGAUCCAAAAAGUCGACUGAAUGUUGAUGAAGCAUUAAGCCAUCCAUGGCUUUCAGAACAAUUUCUUGAAAGUGCUCAAUUAACAUCAGAAAGUUUGCGGGAAUUCAAAUAUAAACAUAAAUGGCUGGAAAGACGUGUAUUUGUACAGCAAACUCCAACUGAGCCUUUGAUGAGUACACUGCAGGCACCUGACGUGAAUGUAGCUGGUUCAGCACUACCAAAUGCAGUUCAAGGCCUCGCCCGCAUUGAACCACAUGACAUUUAUGAUUAUUUACGGAUAAAAGAUCGUGUUACUACUUCACUUAAUGAUUUGCGUGAAGAUCAGCAGAGACGAAGAUUGCUUCCUCAGGAUAAGGGUGAAGCACCGUUUCAGCAGUCGCCACACAAACAAUUGCACAUUUCUACAGAUUUUCUCGAAGAUGAAUUGUUACCAGUAAAACUUGUUCAUGGGGAGCAUCGACAAAUCGAAGAAGAAAUUGCGAAUCGGAUUCUGUCAGAUAUUUCUGAAGAAACAUCAAUUGCUGGUUCAUUAACUUCACGUGAAGACCUAGAAUCACUAGUUAAAAGUUCUGAAAAACAAAGCAGGCAGAAAAAAAGUCGAAGCAAAUCAUCAACACCUCAGGUGGAAGGUUAUUCACCUGACGUUACGCCACCUCCCUCACCAUUUGGUACCAGAGAAGAUACCGUUACUCCACCAUCAGAUCAUCCUUAUAAUGCAGAAAAAUUCCGGCUUCCAGCACAGUCUUAUGAUCCAAAUAUACCAGUCGGAGCUCCAUUAUUUCUCGAAGGACUCGAGCACCAUCCUUUGCAUUUCGAAGAAGUUUCGCCAAGUGUAGAAAGUUCAAGCUAUCAUUCAUUACCUGGAAGUAAAAGUCUUAUUUCGUUUCCAUCAGGAAAAGAAUAUUCAAUGGAAGUUGUUAUUGGUACUAAAGUUGGUACGAUGGGAACGGUAGAACCGAUGUUAGAAACAGUUAAAGAAACUGAAAAAUCAUCAGAAAAAGAGCCGGAGGCAUUGAAAGCUAAAGAAAAAGUACAUGUUGAUGAUUUUGACAGUUUCAUGAAUUCAAUCAAAGAGUUGAAAGAAAAAAGACGACGAGAGCGUGAAGAAAUGGAGCGAUUACGGCCAAAAGACGCGUCUACGAUGGAUUCUGACUUCUCUAAGAAGAAAUCGAGUGACGAAGACUUUCCUUGGCGUAGUCAAUAUCAAAUUGGUCCAGAAACUUUCUUACUCGCUUCACGUGGGGCACGUUUCAAUGCACGAGUGCGUGAUUAUAGACGAGAAUUAUGGGGUGAUGGUGCACCGUUCGUGACACAAGGAUACCUUGGAUACAGAAAUCAAGACAUAACUGUAAGGGAAAGACGAAGAUAUACUGACUUGAUUCGUGAAGAUGAAAAUAUCGCAAAGGCAGCGCAGAAUCUAGAAUGUGAAAUAUCAUCUCGUGGUGCAAUCAGAAGGAUAGAAAAUGAUAUAACUUUUGGAGCAAUUUUCCGAAAUCGAUUGAAGGAUCGAGCACUUCAGAAGAACGUUCCUUCUGUAAUAACAUUUGAGUGUUCUGUAGUUGGUAAUCCAGAGCCUACUGUUAAGUGGUUUUGCAAUAACAGCCCACUUGUGAACGACGAAAACCACAAGAUAACCAUUGAAGAUGGACUCUGUCAACUGACAAUUAAUAAAGUCGAUUUGGUAGAUCUCGGAGAGUAUACUUGUGUUGCAUCGAAUGAACUUGCAACUGAUAAAACAUCCGCCCGAUUACUUGCUGGAGAUGGUCCAGCACCACCUGGUAGACCGGAAGUAGAACUUUCGUCCGAUACUGAAGUAUUCAUCACAUGGGAAGAACCACGUAUGAACUAUGGUUUAGAAUGCUUCAUUUAUAAAUUAGAAGUUCGACCUGCAGGCAGAAAUGAUAUCUUCUCAGAAUGGCGUCUUGUCUCAGAUAAAAUUGAGGAUAAAGCUGCGAUAGUCCAACAUUUAACUCCGCAAGGUGUUUACCAAUUUCGUGUAAUCGCCAAAAAUGAAUUCGGUUGGGGGACUCCCUCUGUUACUUCGAGAAUCAUACAGACACAUCCAAAAAAUUCACCAAAACUAGACAUUGAUAAGCUUCGGUGUCGUUAUCGAGUAUGCGUGGUUUCAAAACCACCUAGGACGCAAUUGGUUUCAAGGUUAAGGAGUCUUGGAGAAAUUACAGAGGAGGAUGAGGAAAAAUUGGAGCAAAAUGUGGCUAAAACUCCUAUUUUGGCACUGAAUACUACUGAAGAGCCACGAGGAAGAUUUCAACUCAUGGAUUUGAUACCUCGCGGUCGCUUUGGUCAAAUUAUGAUUGCUAUCGAUAAGUUCCGAGAAUUUGGACUUCACUGUAUCGCUAAAAUAAGAGAUUUGAACGUGGCGAAUGGUUGUAUUGAAUUCGAAGCUUUGAGAGAUUGCCAACAAGAAAAUGUUGUGCGAUUGAUUGCCGCUUAUCAGAUAAACAACUCGUUGUUAUUAUUUAUGGAACGUUACGAAGAGGAUUUAUUUGAGAGAUUCACAUAUCGUGAUGAGUACAAUGAGGAGCAGAUCAGCAGGGUUAUAGUUCAGAUUGCUUCCGCUCUUCAUUGGAUUCACUACAAAGGUUAUAUUCACAUGGAUGUGCAAGCAACCAACGUUCUGCUCGUAUCUCACCAGUCCUGGCAGAUUCGACUCACCGAUUUUGCUUCAGCUCAAAGAGUCAGCUCAGAUAUCAAGCAACCCAAGCAACUCAGUUUGUACUGGUCUGCACCUGAAGUUCUAAAAGCCGACGAGAAAAAAAUUGCCGUUUCAACUCAAGCUGAUGUUUGGGGUCUUGGUGUGAUUGCUUUUUGUCUAUUGAGUGGAUUCCAUCCUUUUGCAAUGGAGGGUGAUUCAAGUGAUGAGAUUAAGGCAAAUAUCAUCAAUCAGAAAUGCAAUCCAAAUUUAAUUCAUAUACAAGCAACUCAAGAAUCACUGAGAUUCGUGACAUGGGCUUUGAAAAAAGAUCCAAUGAGAAGAAUACGUACAGAUGAAGCUUUAACUCAUCGAUGGCUAAGUAAUGAUUCAACAUUGAUACGGAAGCGUGAAAAAGUAAAUUAUCCAAGUAGCCGAUUAAGGAAAACAGCACUUCUCUUGGCGGAUUUCACGAAGCGACAAGCUUCAAAUUCUGUAUAUCAGGAAUCUAACCAACCUGCUUGUUCAUAA